AGCAAACCAUCUUUAGCAAAAAUGAAGAGCGAGAGCCGCUAGGCUUAUAUUUGCCAUCGCCUAACUGCGUAGCCUGCGUAUAUGCGAGGGCGGACGGUCGGUCUUUGCUUUUUUCGGCUGAACUUUGCUCCCAAACCAAAUCAAACCCGCCGUCUUUUUGUGUUUUUGGGGGGUUUCUCAUAGACGUAUAUAGCUCUCUCUCAAUUCACAGUUCAAACAACGUUUUGUACAGUGCAAACCCUUUUGAUGUUGCGGUUUGUAUGUUAAUAGAGUAGCAGACGGUUAAGGAAAAUGGCGAGCAUAAGAUCAAGCUUGCCGAUGAGGCUUCGGCAACUUCUCUCUAGCAGUGGGGCAGUCGGUGGUCCCUCCGUUAAACUUGAUUCCGAGCCUGCAUACUGCACAUACAUGGCUAUUGUUUAUUUUCAAGUUGAAGCAUCAGUGUGUAGAAGAAAUCCUUUAGAGUUUUGCAUAGGAAAAGGAUCAUGGUCUAUUCGUGAGAAGCCUUCAAGGAUAAAAGCUUUUGUUGAAAAGGUUAUCCAGUGCCCGUUGCAGGAUAUAGCAAUUCCUCUCACUGUUUUUCGCUGGGAAUAUGGAAAGGGAAACUUCAACCAUUGGAGGCCUCUAUUUAUACAUUUUGACACAUAUUUCAAGACUUACUUGUCUUGCAGAAACGACCUCCUUUUGUCAGAUGACAUUUUAGGAGACGCCAGCCCAUUCCCUAAACAGGCAGUUUUACAAAUUCUGAGAGUUAUGCAGAUUAUUCUGGAAAAUUGCCGCAACAAGACUUCUUUCGCCGCGAUUGAGCAUUUCAAGCUAUUGCUUGCUUCACCAGAUCCGGAUAUUCUCAUAGCAGCUUUGGAGGCUCUCUGUGCAUUUGUGAAAAUAAUUCCAUCGAAAUUGCACGUGAAUGGAAAGAUGGUUGGAUGUGGGUCAGUGAACAGUUGUCUUUUAUCACUUGCACAAGGUUGGGGUAGCAAAGAAGAAGGCCUGGGUUUGUAUUCCUGUGUUUCUCGACAUGAAAGGUCUGAGGGUGAUGUGUUAUGCUUGUUUCCAUCUGAGGUACAAAAUGAUUGUGAUAAAUUGCACCAUCGCCUAGGGUCCACACUGUACUUUGAGUUGCGUGGCACUGUAUCUUCUGGGACAAGUAUAAUUCAGCUUCCCGAUCUUCAUUUGCGAGAAGAGGAUGACCUGUCACUCAUGAAGUUUUGUAUUCAGAAGUAUAAUGUGCCUUUGCAGCUCAGAUUUCCACUGUUCUCAAGAAUCAGAUAUGCUCGUGCAUUCCGUUCCUCCAGAAUAUGCAGACUUUACAGCAAGAUUUCUCUUCUUGCGUUUAUUGUGCUUGUACAGUCGAGUGAUGCUCAUGAUGAACUUGUUUCAUUUUUUGCUAAUGAGCCAGAGUAUACGAAUGAAUUGAUUAGAAUUGUGAAGUCUGAAGAAUUCAUAUCUGGCACCACGAGGACCCUUGCAAUGACAGCACUUGGAGCACAGUUAGCUGCAUAUGCUGCGUCUCAUGAAAGGGCACGAAUAUUGCGUGGAUCAAGCAUCAACGUUGUUAGUGGAAACCGUACGAUUCUCCUUAAUGUACUACAACGGGCAAUUAUAUCACUAAACAACCCUCUUGAUUUGUCAUCUGUUACCUAUGUUGAAGCCCUUCUACAAUUUUAUUUGCUUCAUGUGAUAUCUUCUUCAAAUGCUGGAACUGUUGUUAGGGGAUCUGGGAUGGUGCCCACCUUUUUGCCACUUUUAGAAGAUUCAGAUCCUACUCACUUUCGUCUUGUUUGUAUAGCUGUGAAAACUCUACAGAAGCUCAUGGACUACAGCAACACAGCUGUCACCCUUUUCAGAGACUUGGGUGGAAUUGAGCAUUUGAUUCGUAGAUUGCAGGUUGAAGUUCAGAGAGUGAUUGAUUUCCCUGGGUUGAAGGAUGAUACUGUGACCACAGAUGCAUAUUUUGAACUUGAUCAGUUGUACACUUAUAAGAGAUUGGUCAGAUCUUUGUUGAAGGCUCUUGGUUCUGCCACUUAUGCAACUUCAAAUGCUGUGCGAUCUCAGAAUUCUUAUGAUGUCACCUUGGGUUCCACAUUGUUGAUAAUUUUCAGAAACAAGGAAAAAUUUGGAGGUGAGAUCUUCUCUGCAGCCGUCACUCUUAUGAGUGAAAUGAUUCACAAAGAUCCAACAUGUUUUAAUGCAUUGUAUGACUUGGGUCUUCCUACGGCAUUCCUCUCAUCAGUUGUUUCUGGAAUACUUCCUUCUUCCAAAGCCAUUACAUGUAUUCCAAAUGGUCUUGGUGCUGUUUGCCUCAACUCUAAGGGCUUGGAGUCUGUCAGAGAAACUUCUGCUUUACGUUUCCUUGUUGAGAUCUUUACUGAUAGAAAGUAUGUGAUGGCUGUAAAUGAAUCCAUUGCUCCUUUGACAAAUGCGUUAGAAGAGCUGCUGCGGCAUGUAUCUUCUUUGAGAGGUACUGGUGUUGAUCUUAUAAUUGAGAUAAUUAACAGAACUGCACAGCUUGCUGAUAUCAAGUUCAAGGGGUUUAUUAGAAAAACAGAUGAAAUGGAAAUGGAUUCCGCGGAAUCUGAGGGUACGGAAAACGUAGGUGGGUGCUCCAAAAUUGGUGAAGCAGGUUGUUCUGUUGAUGGUAUCAGUGAUCAGCAGUGUAUGCAAAUUUGCAUCUUUCAUGUGAUUGUCCUACUUCACAGGACAAUGGAAAAUUCUGAAACCUGUCGCUUAUUUGUGGAGAAAUCUGGUAUUGAAGCUUUGCUGAAACUUCUUUUACGCCCAAGCAUUACUCAAUCGUCAGAAGGAAUGUCGAUAGCCUUAAAUAGCACUGUGGUAUUCAAGUGUUUUACGCAGCACCAUUCCACUCCUUUGGCUCGUGCUAUUUGCUCGUCUCUGCGUGAUCUUUUGAAAGAAACUCUGUCUAGGUUCAGUGUUGUCUCUGGUUCCUUUCUGCUGGAUCCCAACUCCAGACCAGAUCCCGUAUUAUUUUCUUCUCUAUCUCUAAUCGAGUUUGCAUUAUUUCUCGCUGCCUCGAAAGAUACUCGUUGGGUUAAUGCGUUGCUCACUGAAUUUGGUAAUGGCGAAAACGGUGUCCUAGUAGAUAUCAGUCAUAUUCAUCGUGAAGUCCUAUGGCAAAUCGCAUUGCUUGAAGAUGCGAAGGCUGGAACAGAAGAUGAAUCAGCUGUUAGAGUUAAUGCCUCACAACAGUCUGCGUUGGGCAUGAAUGACACUGAAGACCCCAGGUCGAACUCAUUCAGGCAGUCGCUUGAUCCAUUGCUUAGAAGGCGAACUUCAGGAUGGAGCUUUGAGUCGCAAUUUUUUGACCUUAUAAAUUGGUAUCGUGAUCUUAGUCGGCCUUCAAGUCUUCAUCUUCAGCAGGUUCAAUCAGUUCAGGAACAGCAUGGGUCUGGUUCCUCUGAUUUUUCUGAAUACAGUUCUAGAAAGGAUGAUGACAAUCAAAGAUCAUACUAUCAAUCGUGCUGUGACAUGGUAUCGUCUUUAUCAAUUCACAUUACCCGUAUGUUUCAAGAGUUGGGGAAGGUGAUGCUGUUACCUUCUCGUCGAAGGGAGGAUACACUAAACGUUUCGCCUUCUGCAAAAUCAGUGGCUUCUACCUUUGCUUCUAUAGCUGCCAAUCACAUGAGUUUUACAGGUCAUGUCAGCCCUUCUGGAUCUGAGGCUUCUGUGUCAACCAAGUGUCGCUAUUUUGGCAAGGUUAUUGAUUUCAUUGACAGUAUUCUUAUGGAUAAGCCAGAUUCAGUUAACCUCGUUAUCUUAAAUUGUUUGUAUGGAAGAGGAGUUAUUCAUACAGUCUUGACUACAUUCGAGGCCACCAGUCAAUUGCCUUUUGCCAUCACUAGGGCUCCUGCUUCUCCAAUGGAGAUUGAUGAGGGAAGGCAAAAUCAAGUUGAAGAAGCUGAUUACUCGUGGAUAUAUGGACCUUUAGCUAGUUAUGGUAAACUUAUGGACCACUUUGUGACUUCGUCUUUUAUUCUAUCGCCAUCCAACAAGCAUCUGCUAACCCAGCCUCUAGUGCAAGGGGAUAUUUUAUUUCCUCGAGAUGCAGAAACGUUUGUCAAAAUUCUCCAGUCCAUGGUAUUGAAGGCUGUGCUUCCUGUUUGGACCCACCCUCGUUUCCCUGAAUGCAGUUACGAAUUCAUUGCAGCGGUUGUUAACAUUUUUAGACAUAUUUUCUCUGGAGUGGAAGUGAAAAAUGUUGGUAUUAAUGUGGGUCGUCUGGCUGGUCCUCCGCUGAAUGAGUCAGCCAUUUCAACAAUUGUAGAGAUGGGGUUUUCGAGGUCUCGGGCAGAAGAAGCCUUAAGACAUGUGGGUUCUAAUAGUGUGGAGCUUGCAAUGGAAUGGUUAUUCUCACAUUCUGAGGAAACGCCAGAGGAUGACGAGCUUGCUCGAGCGCUGGCAAUGUCCCUUGGGAACCCUGGUACGGAGACGAAAGAAGCUGUGACGGAUGAAAAACCUGAGCCUGUUGAAGAGGAAUUUGUGCAACUUCCUCCAGUGGAUGACUUGCUGUCGACAUGUCGGAGACUUGUGCAAAUGAAAGAGACAUUAGUUUUCCCUGUUAGGGACUUGCUUGUGAUGAUUUGCUCACAUAAUGAAGGUCAUGAAAGACCACACAUAGUUUCAUUUAUCGUCGAACAAGUGAAAAUUUGCAGUAGCACGUAUGGAAGUGAAAACCAAAACACGCUUUCUGCCUUUUUCCAUGUACUUGCUCUAAUACUUCAUGAAGAUGCAGCUUCUCGAGAAUUAGCCUCCAAAAAUGGUUUCGUGAAAGUUGCAUCAGAGCUUCUUCAAUUGUGGAGUAAUUCCAAUGAACAAGAAUCAUCUCAAGUCCCAAAAUGGGUAACUUCAGCAUUUGUUGCCAUUGAUCGCCUUGCUCAAGUGGACACUAAAUCCAAUGCUGAUGUGCUAGAAGUUCUGAUGAAGAAUGCUGGUGGCAAUCAUACUUCAAUUGUUAUUGAUGAUGAUAAGCAUAACAAAGCACCAAUGUCUUUGGGGCAGUUGAAAAUUUUGGAUUUGCACGAGCAGAAUAGACUAAUUGAAGUAGCUUGCAAUUGCAUCAGGAAACAAUUGCCUUCUGAAACAAUGCAUGCUGUUUUGCAGCUCUGUUCUACCCUAACGAGGACUCACUCAGUUGCUGUUAGCUUUCUUGAGGCUGGAGGCCUGCAUUUGAUCCUUUCCUUGCCUGCUAGGAGCUUGUUUGUUGGUUUUGACUGUGUUGUAGCUGUUAUAAUACGCCACAUCCUUGAAGAUUCUCAAACCUUACAGCAGGCCAUGGAGUCUGAGAUACGGCAUACUUUCCUGACUUUUGCUAACCGGCAGUCUACUGGAAGGCUUACUCCACGAAAUUUUCUGUCAAAUUUAAGUGCCCUUAUUCAACGUGAUCCCAUAAUUUUUAUGCAAGCUGCCAAGUCUGUUUGUUAUGUUGAGAUGGUUGGUGAUCGACCGUAUGUUGUUUUAAUAAAAGACCGUGAGAAGGAUAAAUGUAAGGAGAAAGAGAAGGAGAAGGAGAAAAACCAAGGUAAUGAUGGGAAGACGAGCAUUCCUAGCAGUGCUCAGGGGAAGCUUCUUGAUGUAAAUUCUAAAACCUCCAAGGUGCAUAGAAAACCUCCACAUAGUUUUGUAAACGUGAUUGAUCUUCUACUGGAUUUAGUAUUGACCUUCUUGCCACCUGCUUCUGAAGAUAAAUCUGUUGUCAAUGAUGGCUCAUCAUCUAUAGAUAUGGAAAUUGAUGUUUCUGCCAGCAAAGGUAAAGGAAAAGCUGUUACCUCCCUGUCUAAAUCAAAUGAAGCAAACGAUGAAGAAUUCCCAGUGUCCAUGGUGAAGGUUAUAUUUAUACUGAAGCUCUUGACCGAGAUUCUUUUCAUGUAUAGUUCCUCCAUUCAUAUUCUCGUGCGGAAGGAUUCCGAAGUUUGUGGCUACAGGGGAGUUACCCAACAAGCUGACGCUCCUUGCUCAGUUGGUGGGAUAUUUCAUCAUGUUCUUUACAAGUUUCUUCCAUAUACUAAAAAUCCUAAAAAGGAUAGGAAAACGGAAGUGGAUUGGCUCCAUAAACUGGCCAGUAAAGCCAACCAUUUUCUGGUGUCUUCUUGUGUUCGCUCAACUGAGGCAAGGAAAAGAAUAUUCUCAGAGAUCACUAAUGUUUUCAACGACUUUGUUGACUCUUCUAAUGGUUUUAGGGCUCCAGGAGCUGACAUUCAGUCUCUCACUGAUUUACUCCACGAUGUUCUGUCUGCUCGGUCACCCACUGGUUCAUACAUAACAGCAGAAGCUUCGGUCACUUUCAUAGAAGUUGGUCUUGUUCAGCCACUCACCCGAAUACUCCGUGUUUUGGACCUGGACCAUACUGACUCAACGAAGGUUGCUGCUGGAAUUGUGAAAGUUUUGGAGUUAGUGACCAAGGAACACGUUAAUGCUUUUGAGUCCAUUAAUGGAAAAGAAGAGCAAUUGAUAACACCUGCUGAUCCUAGUGAGCCUGGGGUAGGAAAUGCCGGUGGUCUGCGUGCUGCUGAUACUGCAGUUAAUGCUAAUGAAAAUUCAGUGCAAAUAGACGGGAGUGAGGCGUCUCACACAGUGCAGAACUAUGGUGGACCUGAGACAGUCAAUGAUGAUAUGGAACACGACCAGGAUAGGGGCUUUUUAGCUGCUGUAGAUGAUUACAUGCAGGAGAACACUGAGGGGACACAAAAUCUUCAAAGUGGCCUUGACACUGUUGGGAUUAGAUUUGAAAUCCGCCCUAAUAUAAGAGGGGAUCUUGAUGAAGAUGAAGAUGAUGAUGAUGAGAUAUCUGGUGAUGAAGAGGAUGGAGUUAAUGAUGAUGAAGAUGAGGAUGCUGAUGACGAGCACAAUAAUAUUGAACAAGAUGAAGCCCAUCUUCUCCCACAUACCGACACUGACCAAGAUGACCAUGACAUUGAUGAAGAUGAAUUUGACGAGGAUGUGAUGGAAGAGGAUGAAGAUGAAGAGGACGACGAGGAUGGUGUUAUUUUGCAACUAGGUGACGGAAUGAAUGGUGUAAAUGUAUUUGAUCAAAUAGAGGUUUUUGGCAGAGAUAGCAUCUCCAGUGGAACAUUUCAAGUCAUGCCUGUUGAAAUAUUUGGCUCCAGACGGCAGGGGCGAACCACAUCCAUAUACAAUUUCUUAGGGAGAAGUGGUGAUAGAGCUGGCCCUUCCCGACAUCCACUUCUAGUGGAACCACAUCCUUCGCUGAAUACAUUUCUUCCUAGACCAUCAGAGAAUAACCAUGAUGCGCGCUCCAACUCAGAAGCUCUGUCACAGUUAGACUCCGUUUUCAGAUCACUUCGACAUGGCCGACAAGGGCAUAGAUUUGAUUUGUUGGCCAAUGAAGACCAGCUAAGCAAUGGAUCAAACUCAUCUGGUGUCCCUCAAGGGCUUGAGGAAGUACUUGUUUCCAGCUUGACGCGCCCCUCUACGGAGAAACCCUCCAACAAUACUGCAGCUGUUGAAUCUCAAAACGGAGUUGAAGUUGGUCUGUCCGCUGCAUCUGCUGAGACAACGGCUGGAAAUCAAGAAAGUGUCGGAGGCAUAACUGAACAUCCUCCUUCAGCAGUGUUGGAGAGUACCAGAGUUGGUAAUGUUCCAACUGCACAUGAAACUCAGGGUAUGGAAUCUUCAAAUCAACCACCUCAGUCUGUUGAUAUUCAGGACGACCAUGCUGAUGUCAUGCGUGAUGUUGAAGCAGUGAGUCAGGAGAGUAGUGGAAGUGGGGCCACUUUAGGUGAAAGCUUACGAAGUCUGGAUGUUGAAAUUGGAAGUGCUGAUGGUCAUGAUGAUGGUGGAGAUAGACAAGCAGGUAGUGAUGCCCGAAUAAGGAGAAUUAAUCCUUCUUUUGGUAAUAACCCAUCUCUGAGUGGGAGAGAUGCACCACUUCAUAGCGUCACAGAAGUUUCAGAAGACCCAAUCCUAGAGGCAGAACAAACCGCACCCCCUAAUGAAGAGCAAAAUAAUCACGAUGCUGAACCUAUUGAUCCUGCUUUUCUUGACGCACUUCCCGAGGAGUUGCGUGCUGAGGUUCUUUCUGCCCAACCUAGUGAAACUUCAAAUCCGCAAAAUCCCGAACCCCAAAAUAAUGGGGAUAUAGACCCUGAGUUUCUUGCAGCACUCCCCCCUGAUAUCCGUGAAGAGGUUUUGGCGCAACAAAGGGCUCAAAGGCUGCAGCAGUCCCAUGAACUGGAAGGUCAACCUGUUGAAAUGGACACUGUCUCAAUCAUUGCGACGUUUCCUUCAGACAUAAGAGAAGAGGUUCUUCUAACUUCCUCUGACGCUAUUCUUGCAAAUUUAACCCCGGCCCUUGUUGCUGAAGCAAACAUGUUGCGCGAAAGGUUUGCACGUAGGUACAAUCAAACUCUAUUUGGUAUAUAUCCGCGAAACCGCAGGGGUGAGUCUUCUAGGCGAGGUGUGGAUAGAGUUGGUGGUGGCCUUUCUCGUCGAUCUACUGCUAUUACGCCAGUCGAGGCUGAGGGAUUGCCUUUGGUCGACACAGAAGGUCUGGAGUCACUGAUUCGGUUGCUUCGUGUUGUUCAGCCACUUUAUAGAGGUCAACAGAGACUACUUCUUAACCUCUGUGCUCACGCUGAAACCCGAAGUGAUUUGUUAAAAAUUUUGAUGGACUUAUUACUGCCGGAUAAGCGAAGUUUUCCCAGUGAUCUGAAUGCUACGGAACCUCCUUACAGGCUGUACGCUUGCAAGCAUGUGAUGUAUUCUCGUCCUCAGUAUGUUGAUGGUGUUCCCCCUUUGGUGUCUCGUCGAGCUCUAGAGACUCUCACCUACUUGUCCCGUAACCAUCCUUUGGUUGCACAACUAUUACUUGAGCUCAGAUUGCCACAAGUGAAUUUUAAGGAGUCCCCGAGCUCAGAUGAAAAAGGGAAAAAAGCUAUGAUGCUUUCCGAUGAAGACAUGUCAGAAAAAUACACAGAAAGGCAGUCAUCUCUGACAUUGCUUCUAAGCCUCUUCAACCGGCCACUUUAUUUAAGAAGCAUAGUUCAUCUAGAGCAGCUGCUAAAUUUAUUGGAUGUCAUCCUUGAUAAUGCCGAGAAGAAAUCAAAUUCAUCUCAUGACCCUGGGUCAUCUGCAUCUGAACAGCCAUCCAAUCCUCAAGAUUCCACAUCAGUAGUUGCUUCAACAUCAGGGGAAGGUAACUCUUCCUUGAAAGCAUUGUCUUCUGAUGAAGAUAAAGAGCAGAAUGCUAAAGACCUCAACAACUUGCCGAAGUUGGAGCUUCAACGUCUUUGCUCACUUCUUGCAUCCGAAGGUCUCUCAGAUAAUGCCUACACCCUUGCCGCGGAGGUAUUAAGAAAGCUGGUGACGGUUGCUCCUAUUCAUUGUAAUCACUUUAUCACUGAGCUUGCUGGUUCAGUUCGAAACCUCACCAAGUCCGCUAUAGAAGAGUUACACGUCUUUGGCGACAUAGAGAAAGCUCUCCUUUUUACUACUACUCAUGGGGCUCCAGUUCUCAGGGUCCUGCAAGCAUUGAGCUCUUUAGUUGUUGUACUGCUCAGUAAGGACAAGAAACAUCAGAACAUCCCUGAUACGGAGUACACUGCUGCUGUUUCGGUGGUUUGGGAUAUUAAUGCAGCUCUUGAGCCAUUGUGGCAGGAACUGAGCAACUGCAUAAGCAAAAUAGAGACUUACUCUGAUAUGGUAUCCGAUCGUUCAACUUCAUCUGUCAAACCAUCUAGCAGCUCAGUGCCCUCACUUCCUGCAGGAACUCAGAAUGUUUUGCCAUACAUAGAGUCGUUCUUUGUGACGUGUGAGAAGUUGAACCCUGGUCAGUCGAGUUCAGGCACUGAUUUUGGUGCUACUUCUGUUUCUGAUGUUGACGAGGGUAUUGCAUCUUCUAGUCAAGUCAAACCUUCAGGAUCAGCUUUGAAAGUGGAUGAGAAACAUGUUGCUUUCUUAAGGUUCUCAGAGAAGCACAGAAAGCUUCUCAAUGCUUUUGUGAGGCAAAAUCCAGGAUUGCUUGAGAAGUCCUUUUCACUUAUGCUCAAAGUUCCUCGCUUUAUUGAUUUUGAUAAUAAACGUUCCCACUUUAGAUCCAAGAUAAAGGACCAGCACGAUACUCAUCACAGUCCUGUGAGAAUUUCUGUGAGAAGAGCUUACAUCCUUGAAGAUUCGUACAAUCAGCUGCGUUUGAGGCCUGCACAAGAUUUGAAGGGUAGAUUGAAUGUUCAUUUUCAAGGGGAGGAAGGAAUUGACGCUGGUGGUCUUACCAGGGAGUGGUAUCAGUUGCUCUCUAGGGUAAUCUUCGACAAGGGGGCACUACUAUUCACAACCGUCGGGAAUGAAUCAACAUUUCAGCCAAACCCCAAUUCUGUUUACCAAACCGAGCAUCUCUCGUACUUCAAAUUUGUUGGGCGAGUUGUUGGGAAGGCACUAUUUGAUGGGCAGCUCCUUGAUGUUCACUUCACUCGCUCCUUUUACAAGCAUAUUCUUGGGGUUAAAGUUACAUAUCAUGAUAUUGAAGCUAUUGAUCCAGAUUAUUUUAAGAAUUUGAAAUGGCUGCUUGAGAAUGAUAUAAGCGAUGUCCUGGACUUGACUUUCAGCAUUGAUGCUGACGAAGAAAAGCUGAUUCUUUAUGAACGUACUCAAGUAACUGACUAUGAACUAAUCCCUGGAGGUCGAAAUAUUAGAGUAACUGAGGGUAACAAGCACCAAUACGUUGAUUUAGUUGCUGAACAUCGGUUGACAACUGCCAUUCGUCCUCAGAUAAAUGCAUUCAUGGAGGGGUUUAAUGAACUAAUCUCUCGUGAUUUGAUAUCUAUAUUCAAUGACAAGGAAUUGGAACUCCUGAUAAGUGGGCUGCCUGACAUCGACUUGGAUGAUCUGAGGGCAAAUACAGAGUACUCAGGGUACAGUACCGCUUCUCCAGCUAUUCAGUGGUUCUGGGAGAUUGUUCAAGGAUUCAGCAAAGAAGAUAAAGCUCGCCUGCUGCAAUUUGUGACUGGAACAUCAAAGGUGCCUUUAGAAGGAUUUGGUGCACUUCAAGGAAUUUCAGGAUCACAAAAAUUCCAGAUUCACAAGGCAUAUGGCAGUCCCGAUCAUUUGCCUUCUGCUCACACAUGUUUCAAUCAGUUGGAUCUUCCGGAAUAUCCUUCCAAGGAGCGGUUGGAGGAGAGACUCUUGCUUGCUAUCCAUGAAGGCAGUGAGGGUUUUGGAUUCGGUUAAGUGCCGCAAAAUAUUAGUGGAAAUUCAUUGUAUAGAUAGUGUCGUUCGAAGGAAGAAAUAGGUUCAUGACAUCUUUUAGAAGCUGCCUCCUAUAAAUACUGUACAGUGCGAUGUUUGCUUUGGCAUUUUACCGCCAGUUUUUUCCGAAUUUUGAUUCUGAUGAAUGGUGAUAUCUUAGCAAUUUUCAUAUUUUAAAAGGUGCAUUUGUUGCAGAGUUGCAUGAUUCCAUAUGAUAUUGGAUAUUACUCUUUCACAUAUAUUAUCACGAUAAAGGUAGAAGAUUAAGCUUAAGAAGUAUAUUGUGCGUGGUCAUGGAACAUUUAACCAAUGAGUGGCCUUU